CUCGCGCUCCGGCCGCUCGCGGGGGCGCGGGAGUCGCCCCGGCGCCUGCGCGCUGCAUCGGCGGCCGCGGCCUGGAGAGCCCCGCGGGGAGAGCGGGCGGCGGCGGCGGCCCCGGUCCCGGUUUUGCGGCGGUUUGGUGCGUGGCUGGGCGGCCGUGAUCGUGCGCCACCAUGCCGGCGGUGUCGAAGGGCGAUGGGAUGCGCGGCCUGGCCGUUUUCAUCUCCGAUAUCCGGAACUGUAAAAGUAAAGAAGCAGAGAUAAAGAGAAUAAAUAAAGAACUAGCAAACAUUCGGUCAAAAUUUAAAGGCGACAAGGCUCUGGAUGGUUACAGUAAGAAAAAAUAUGUCUGCAAACUGCUUUUCAUCUUUCUCCUGGGGCAUGACAUUGACUUUGGUCACAUGGAGGCUGUAAACCUGCUCAGUUCCAAUAGAUACACAGAGAAACAAAUUGGAUAUCUCUUCAUCUCUGUACUAGUGAACUCUAACAGUGAGCUGAUUCGUUUAAUAAACAACGCGAUCAAGAACGAUCUGGCCAGCCGAAACCCCACCUUCAUGGGGCUUGCUCUGCAUUGUAUUGCUAAUGUGGGUAGCCGGGAGAUGGCAGAAGCAUUUGCUGGAGAAAUUCCAAAAAUACUUGUAGCUGGAGAUACUAUGGAUAGUGUGAAGCAGAGCGCUGCCCUUUGCUUGCUGCGUUUAUAUAGAACUUCUCCUGACCUUGUCCCCAUGGGAGACUGGACGUCUAGAGUGGUGCACCUCCUUAAUGACCAGCACUUGGGUGUGGUUACUGCAGCUACAAGUCUGAUCACCACUUUGGCACAGAAGAACCCAGAAGAGUUUAAAACUUCAGUCUCCUUGGCAGUGUCUAGAUUAAGCAGAAUUGUAACUUCUGCAUCAACAGAUCUUCAGGACUAUACGUAUUAUUUUGUUCCUGCUCCUUGGUUAUCUGUGAAACUUCUGAGGCUGUUACAGUGCUAUCCACCUCCAGAAGACCCGGCGGUACGUGGUCGUCUAACAGAAUGCCUGGAAACUAUUCUUAACAAAGCACAGGAGCCACCAAAGUCAAAAAAAGUACAACACUCAAAUGCAAAGAAUGCUGUGCUGUUUGAGGCAAUAAGCUUAAUUAUACAUCAUGACAGUGAGCCAAAUCUACUAGUCCGUGCCUGUAACCAGCUAGGUCAGUUCUUGCAACACCGAGAAACUAAUUUGCGUUACCUAGCACUGGAAAGCAUGUGCACGCUUGCCAGCUCUGAAUUCUCACAUGAGGCUGUGAAAACACACAUAGAAACAGUUAUCAAUGCAUUGAAGACUGAGAGAGAUGUAAGUGUACGACAAAGAGCUGUAGAUCUCCUGUACGCCAUGUGUGACCGGAGCAACGCCCAGCAGAUUGUGGCUGAAAUGCUGAAUUACUUGGAGACUGCUGAUUAUUCCAUUAGAGAAGAAAUUGUUCUGAAAGUUGCAAUUCUAGCUGAGAAGUAUGCAGUGGAUUAUACCUGGUAUGUGGAUACCAUCUUGAAUCUGAUUCGCAUUGCUGGUGACUAUGUCAGUGAAGAAGUGUGGUAUCGAGUUAUUCAGAUUGUCAUCAACAGGGAUGAUGUUCAAGGGUAUGCAGCAAAGACUGUUUUUGAGGCCCUUCAAGCUCCAGCGUGCCAUGAGAAUCUUGUAAAAGUAGGUGGCUACAUCUUGGGAGAGUUUGGAAAUCUGAUAGCAGGUGAUCCAAGAUCAAGUCCCCUCAUCCAGUUCAACUUGCUACAUUCCAAGUUUCAUCUGUGUAGUGUUCCUACCCGAGCUCUGCUUCUGUCUACCUACAUCAAGUUUGUGAACCUGUUUCCAGAAAUCAAAACUACAAUUCAAGAUGUAUUGCGCAGUGACAGUCAGCUUAAGAAUGCUGAUGUUGAGCUGCAGCAGCGAGCUGUUGAGUAUUUGAGGCUCAGUACUAUUGCCAGUACUGAUAUAUUGGCUACGGUGCUGGAAGAAAUGCCCCCCUUUCCAGAGAGGGAAUCUUCUAUUUUGGCUAAGCUCAAGAAGAAGAAAGGCCCAGGCACAGUUACUGACCUGGAAGAGAUCAAAAAGGAGAGGAGCUCUGAUAUGAACGGAAGCGCUGAACCUGCCUCUGUCAAUGCCAGUGCUGUUUCAACUCCUUCUCCAUCUGCGGAUCUGCUGGGUCUGGGCGCUGCCCCUCUCACCAAUUCAGCUCCCCCACCGUCCUCUAGUGGUAGCCUGCUGGUGGAUGUAUUUUCAGAUUCAGCUUCUGCAGUUGCACCUCUUGCUCCUGGUUCUGAUGACAACUUUGCGAGCCCUGACCUGGCUUCAUCUGAGGUAGUUUCUGAGGAACCAGCUGAUACUGUGCAUGAUGCUGAUGAGCUUUUUCACAAGUUUGUGUGUAAAAAUAAUGGAGUCUUAUUUGAAAAUCAGUUGCUACAAAUUGGAUUGAAAUCUGAAUUUCGACAGAACCUGGGACGUAUGUUCAUAUUCUAUGGUAAUAAGACAUCAACACAGUUCCUGAAUUUUACUCCAACAGUAAUCUGCUCAGAUGACCUGCAGUCAAGCCUGAAUCUUCAGACGAAACCUGUUGAUCCCACAGUGGAUGGAGGUGCACAGGUUCAGCAGGUCGUAAACAUCGAAUGUGUGUCAGACUUCAUGGAAGCUCCAAUCCUGAACAUUCAAUUCAGGUAUGGCGGAACAUUCCAAAAUCUUUCAGUAAAAUUACCCAUCACACUGAACAAGUUUUUCCAGCCAACAGAGAUGUCUUCUCAAGACUUUUUUCAGCGUUGGAAGCAACUGAGCAAUCCGAAACAAGAAGUACAGAAUAUCUUUAAAGCAAAACACCCAAUGGAUGCAGAGAUCACAAAAGCAAAGAUAAUUGGCUUUGGAUCAGCCCUACUUGAGGAGGUAGAUCCCAAUCCUGCUAACUUUGUCGGUGCUGGUAUCAUACAUACAAAAACUACUCAGAUUGGAUGCUUGCUGCGCCUCGAACCCAACCUCCAGGCACAGAUGUAUAGGCUCACACUACGAACAAGUAAAGAAGCUGUAUCUCAGAGAUUAUGUGAAUUGCUGUCAGAACAGUUUUAAUAUUAACCAUGUCAGUUUUGGUUUUUCCAUUUAUAUCACUGUCAUCAUACUGCAAAUAAAUGUCUUGUACAUCACUGUCUGAGUACUGCAAUGUUAACCAAUGCCAGCUCCCUGCCUUAAUAGGACUUGACCCUUGUUUGAAAUUAAGAUUAUAAAAUGUACAGUACAUGGAAGUGACUUUUUACAUUAAAAAUGGCUUUUAGUGUGUUACACAAAGGGUGGGAGGGCUGUCUUGUGCUCCUUUUUUUGCAGAGGUCAGGCUUUUAAACUUGUUAAAGGGAAAUUGAUUUAGAAAUGGUAACCAAGGAUUUCAACUGGAAAUGGCCAGUAACGUUCUGCCUUGGUGCCUUUAACAGGUACUCCCUCUGCCCUGAGCUGAAGGAAACCAAGGUAAUGCUGCUCAGUAAGGUGAAUUCAGAUGUUAAUGUAGAGUCAAAACUUCGUGAAGUUGAACAUUGCCACAGGUCUUGUAGUGGGUGGAAGGGCAGAUUCCAGGAUACGUUUGAAUCUGAUUCACGUGAACAUUUAUGUUGAUUGUCACUGAUAUUUGUAUUUGAAAAAUGCCACAGGACCCGAGUCUUAAAGAAUGAAUCUUGUAAUCCUUUACAUCUUAAUGUUUCCUGAUCUUUGUAAAGUGGAUUGAAUGCCUCAAAUGAGGUGAGCUUCUCUGGUAGGUGGUGAGUGAGUACAUGCUUGUUCGGUUUGACUAGCAAUGAAGUUAAAUAUUCUGUUCUGUGUUUUUUCUGUUUCCCAUCAGACUUUAUCACAUCAUUAGGACUGCAGAGUCUGGUAUUGUAUAAAAGGAGAAGUGGGAAGAAAUGGGCCCUUGAAGGGCUGUAAGGCAUGUACUCUUUCAGAUGAAAAUGUAAUUUUAAACAAUAUUCUUUUCCCCAGUGUACAGAAAUGUUAAAGCUCGAGAGGCUGAGUAACUGAUAUCUGCACAGUUUCUUGUCUGGCGGUGGCAGUAAAAAUAUCCACCGGGGUGUAGGAGACUUGUGGUGAGGCCAAGAGAAGGCCCAAAAAUGUUCAGCUGUUACAGUGGCUUUCGCAACCGAAGCCUUUGCAGCUCGUUCCACAUGGGCGAACGCCCUGCAGCUUCCCUGCAGAAGUGAGUGGACGCGACUUCGGCUCACGCUCUCUGAGCCUUGAGCUACAGCAAAGGCUGCUAAGAGAAAGCAGGUGAGGUAGUGCAGUUAGAAACUGCGGGCGGUUGUCGGCGGGUACUACAGGUCACGAUGAACUAAGCUGAGGAGUGAACCUCGGAUGGAGAUCUCCUCAAGGUUAUUUAAAGGAAGCCCGGGACUGCUGUCUCACAACACAAACAGCCAGGCGUGCCCGUGAAGGAAAGGUUCUGAGUGAUAGUGAUGAUGUUGAAAAUACAUUUAAAUGAGGCUCCUGUCGUGCUGCCCGGUGCACAGCAGGGGACGGGAUUUUACAUGAUUGAGUGUGCCUUGGCUUUUUUUCCUUCAGUGCUUGGAGUUAAAGUGAUGGAACUGGGUUGAUUAUAAUUUGGUUUGGUUGGAGGCUGGCAAUUGUACUUGAGUGCGAGUGAAAAAUGAGGAACAAAGGUUUGGCUGUGGUGUGUGGAUUUGAGGAGGGUUUUUUGUUGUGGUUUUUUUUCCCCAAAUGGCUGGUAACUAUGGAUGUUAUGACUGAAAACUUGGCUAUAGUCCUGGUCUUUCUGCAAAAGUUCUCUUGGAACAAUUGGCCCUUUUAUGGCCUUUCAAGUAGCUAAUCAAGACUCUUUGAUCACAAACAUUGUCUUUGAAAAUCUUCAGGAGCAGUUCCUGCAGUCAGGUUGGGCAGAUGGCAAAGUGCUGAUGGACUACCUUGUGUUUUGUCCGUAUGUCUCCCUUAGUCCUGUUAUCUCAACCGUGCUGUUGGCUGCUACAUUAAAAAUCUGAAGUGCUGAACUAAAGGGAGUCUUAGCAAAGACAGGGGAGGAGCUUCUAUUUAAUUUUUCCCAAAUCCUGUUGUAUAUCUGUCCCCCUGAAAAUGUUCUACGCCCUCAUUAAAGGACACAUUGAGACACUGCACUACUUUGAUUUACUUUGCUUUGGUUCAAACUGUGCUAAAAUGUGCAUUAAAAAUGUGCAAAGGAGGGGGGUAAGGGAAAGUGUCUUUUCAGUGGUGACUGUGUUAAACUUAUGACUGUUCACACUUUGUAUUAAAUGUCAGCUCAAUGAAGCCGUGGGCAGAAAAGUGAACAAAUUAAGGAAAAAUACUUGAUUAUUUUUUUUUUCUUUUUUUGUGAAUGAUGGUUAACUUACCAAAGUGAUGUAUCCUGUCAAGCAAAGUAAUUUCUGCAGUAAACAGUGUUAUUGUUUUUAAGUACAGUAUUUUCAGGCAUUGACAUGUGAAAAUAACUGAAUAGCAAAACAGGUAGCAUAUGUUCAUUCUUGACCUACACUCCAGUAUGUAACAUUUAUGGUGAUUGUCUUAUUUGUACAAAACAAAGUUCUGUCAAAUUAAGUGAAGAAUUUUCAUAUAGGAGACUAUAUAUUAGACUAUAUUCAUCAGAAGAACGUAUUAAGACUAAAUAAAUGAUUAGAACAGUAAUCAAACUGUCCUUUUUUUUUUUUGUCUGGGGGCAUGGAAGUGUAAAGAAUACUUGCAUGAAAUGGUUGUUGUGGAACAACAGUUUAUGUGUAAUAGUAAAUUCUUUUCUGCAAACUA